AUGGACUUUAAGCUUGCAUUGUUUUUUGUUCAAACGGCUGCCAUCACUAUGGCACACGUGAUUACAAUAAAAAACAACUGCCCGUUUACUAUAUGGCCCGGCAUACAAGGAAACCCGGGACACGGACAUCUUGAAAACGGAGGAUUUUCGUUGGGCGCCCACAAGACCCAUACGAUUAACACGCCUCGAGAUUGGGCGGGCAGGAUUUGGGGCAGAACAAAAUGCAGUGGUCAAGGAAAAUGUGAAACGGGUGAUUGCGGCAACAAGAUCAAGUGCAACGGAGCCGGCGGCGUGCCACCCGUGUCCCUGGCUGAGAUGACGUUCACCGGGUCUGGCGGAUUAGACUUCUACGACGUGUCGUUGGUGGACGGCUACAACCUGCCAAUCAGAAUGCUACCGACCGGGCAGUUCUCGUACACGAAAAAAGACAAGUACGACUGUAAAGCUGCCGGCUGUGUGGCCGACCUGAACAGCAUGUGCCCGUCAGAGUUGGCCGUCAAGACUGGCUCAGGUGUGGUGGCGUGUAAGAGCGCCUGUGAGCGGUUCAACACAGACACUUACUGCUGCCGAGGUGCCCACAAAACUCCGGCGACUUGUAAGAGCAGCUCGUGGCCCAAAAACUAUCCUGCAUUCUUCAAAAAGGCCUGUCCGGAAGCCUACAGUUACGCGUACGACGACACGACCAGCACGUUUACGUGUCGCGGCAAUCCAUCCACCAAGUACGACGUCAUAUUUUGUCCUUAA